UCUGCUACCCGCAGUGGCGUGUUGUCAUCAUUAUACACCAGUAGGUUUCCGUGCACCCCUUUGUUUUGCCGGGUGUAACGUGCCACGAUCUCUUCAAUUUUUUUUGUUUUAUUUAUUUAUUCACCGGCAAAUAAAAGAUAGUGUUUCAACAUCGCGAGAAAAUGUUGAACAAGGUUAGAAGCUUUUUCGGCGGCUCGCCGAAAAACGACAAAGAAGUGAAUAAUUCCUCGUGGUGUUACAGAAAUCGUUAUGCCAGAGACUCGAUGGAGCGCCAAGAAACAGCUGACGAUGAUCGUGGAAGCAGUAACAGCAGCGAUAAUUAUCUAAUCGAAGACACUUCUCCGCGUUUGUUAAGAUCGAAGAGCGACUCGAACCUGACGCCGAGCGACGAGGACAGCUACAUGCGUAUGCUCAGCUCUUUUCGCUCGUCCCUGGAGCUGCACGACGCGGCGAGGUCGCGCAGCGACCCCGAGUUGGCCGCCGACAACAACGACGAUGACGCGGCGGCGGUUAGAGACGAGGUACAGGAGAACGUCAUACAGGCGGCUGACAACGAGGUCGACGAUUACGAGGAUCAGCCGCCCAAUUAUUACAGCGGCGUGCUAAGAGUGAUUCGAACCUACGACACCACGACCAACUCGAUGCAGUUGCAGGAUGUCAGCAUUCUGAACUUUCAGGGCAAUAUGCAUGAACUCAAUGAAAUCGCGCCCUAUUGGAAGAAAGAUUGUAGAACUUGGCUGUGGAAAUCUCAAAAGUUGCCUGAUCGUCUGAGAAAACUCAAACGGGCUCAGCUGUUUAAUUAAUUAUGAAUAAUUAGUGCCAAUGAAACAAACAAACAAAAAAUACUCAGUCAUUAUUCGUGUACAAAU